CAAACAAGGAGAAAUUGAACAAUCAGAUGAUUCUAAUAAUAUUACAAAUUCAUCAAAGGCCGUAAGAUAUGAUUCUUCAAGAAAUAUUACUAAAAAAGUAGCAAAAUCUAAUCACAUCUGA